AUGCUAGUACGAUCUUUGCUCGUCGCAACGGUCUCUUCGCACCGAUGGCUACUGACGCCUGCGCUUUGGUUUUUGUCGUUGAUCGUGCAUCCGCGCAUCGCUCUCUUGGAUGUGAAUAAGAAUCCCAUUCUACGAGGCAUUCUCAAGCCGAUCUUUUACAACCAUUUCUGUGCCGGGGAGAAUGGCAAUGAGGUUCGAUCCACAGUUAGGAACAUCAAAGACAUGGGGUUCAAAGGUGUCAUUUUGACCUAUGCGCGAGAGGUUGUGGUGGAUGCUUCCAAAGAAAAAACAACGAGCCCUGAAACCUCGAGUGAAACUGGAAACUAUUCGCCGACUCCUUCGCAUAACCCUGACAUUGAGGCAUGGAGACAAGGCGUUCUCGAGACGGUCGAAAUGGUCGGGAAGGGCGACAUCUUAGCAUUAAAAUUGACCGGCGCGGGCGAACCAGCCAUGCGCGCCUUGCUGGCCAGACAGCCUUUGCCCGAACAGAUGACGCUGGCGCUCCGGGAAAUUUGCGCGCGAGCCGUAGAGCGCCAGGCUCGGAUUUUCAUCGACGCAGAGCAACAAUCUGUUCAGCCAGCAAUCGAUGAGAUUGCUCUUCAGCUGAUGGAAGACUUCAAUAAGGAUGGCGAAGCCGUGGUCUACAACACCUACCAGGCGUACCUCAAGUGCACUCCUGCCACCGUCCUUGCUCAUCUCGAGGUGGCAGAGAAGAAAAACUUCACUCUAGGAAUCAAAUUGGUACGAGGGGCGUAUAUUAACUCAGAGCCUCGGGGAGUCAUCAAUGAUACGAAGUCGGAUACUGAUAGUUCAUAUAACUCCAUCGCGGAGGGCGUCAUCAAGCGCCAGCUUGGACCAUUCGGCAAAGGAAAGCAGACAUUCCCGUCUGCCGAGCUAUUUCUAGCUACUCAUAAUAAGGAUAGUGCUCUGUUGGCCAAUAGAUGGUCCGAUGAGCAGGUUCUAGCCGGACUUCCUGCCACCAAGGUUCAGUACGGCCAAUUGUUAGGCAUGGCUGACGGGGUGAGUUGUCGACUGUUGCAAAUUGGAAAUGACGGCGACAACACUGCCGGUCGAGCAGCCCCGGAGGUUUUCAAAUGUCUCAGCUGGGGGUCUCUAGGGGACUGUCUGUCUUAUUUGCUGCGGCGUGCUGUGGAGAAUCGAGACGCGGUUGAGCGCACAAAGGAGGAAUAUCUCCAGGUCCGGCGAGAGGUUCUUCGUCGGAUCCGAAAGAGUAUAAAGUGA